CUUUCUCUCGAUCAUCUGUUCUCAGUCCUAUGUGUGUGUCAUGGCGGUAGACGUGUUCCAAGUCGGGAUUUCGAUUUGUUUGUGUUUUUUACUUACUGGAUUCGCAGAAAAGCGCUACAGUUUCACAGAGAAGCAGCGUUAUGAUGGAUGGUUCAACAAUUUGGCUCACCCAUCGUGGGGCGCUGUCGAUGGUCACAUGACCAGGAGGAGUCCGCCAGCGUACAGUGAUGGUGUGUACAUGCUGGCGGGCCAGGACCGGCCCAGUCCUAGGAAACUCAGCACUCUCUUCAUGAAGGGAGACGACGGCAUGGGCUCCGCCAAGAACAGAACUGCUCUGCUCGCCUUCUUCGGUCAGGUGGUGAGCUCGGAGAUUGUCAUGGCCAGUGAGUCUGGGUGUCCCAUAGAGGUGCACAACAUAGAGAUAGAGAAAUGUGACGAGAUGUACGACAGGGAGUGUGAGGGAGGAAAGUCCAUCCCCUUCCACCGAGCUGGCUACGACAGGAAGACAGGCAUGAGCCCCAACAGUCCUCGAGAACAGAUCAACCGAGUCUCAAGCUGGAUCGAUGGUAGUUUCAUCUACAGCACCAGCGAGGCGUGGGUGAAUGCUAUGAGAUCGUUCCAGAACGGAACAUUCAUGAGUGACACGACGGGCAAGUGGCCUGUCCGCAACACAAUGCGAGUUCCUCUCUUCAACCAACCAGUGCCUCAUGUGCUGCGGACACUCAGCCCUGAGAGACUCUUUUUGCUGGGAGACCCCAGAAGCAACCAGAACCCAGCGCUGUUGUCCUUUGGUAUCCUCUUCUUCAGAUGGCACAAUGUAGUGGCUGGUCGGGUACAAGCCGAUCACCCGGAGUGGAACGACGAGGAAGUCUUCCAGAGGGCUCGGAGAAUAGUCAUUGCUAGUUUACAGAACAUCAUCAUGUACGAGUAUUUGCCAGCGUUCCUGGGAGAGGAGUUGCCAGAGUACGAAGGCUACAAGCUCGACACUCAUCCUGGCAUCACCCACGCUUUCCAGAGUUCAGCCUUCCGCUUCGGCCACACCAUGAUUCCUCCCGGGAUCUACAGACGGGAUGGGAAGUGCAACUACCGCAAGACUCACAUGGGCAACCCGGCCCUGCGACUGUGUGCCCAUUGGUGGGACUCUGGGGAUGUAAUGCAUGAGACCAGCCUAGAAGAGCUGAUGCUGGGAAUGGCUUCUCAGCUGGCCGAGAAGGAAGACACAGUGUUGUGUUCUGAUGUCAGAGACAAACUGUUUGGACCCAACGAGUUCAGCCGUCGGGACCUCGGGGCGCUCAACAUCAUGAGGGGCAGAGACAACGGAGUCCCAGACUACAACUCGGUGCGAAUGUACUACGGUCUACCGAAGAAGAAAACCUGGACGGACAUCAAUCCAGAGUUCUUUGAAAAAAAUCAGGAACUGUUGGAGAGUUUGAAGACGGCUUACAAAGGAGACGUUAACAACAUCGACCUCUAUAUUGGAGGAAUGUUGGAGUCCCAAGAUGGACCAGGUGAACUGUUCACGGCAGUUAUCAAGGAACAGUUUGUGAGGUUACGACAAGCUGACCGUUUCUGGUUCGAGAACGCUGAAAACGGUAUUUUCACACCGGAUGAGAUAGAAGAGCUAAAACAGAUCACCAUGUGGGAUAUUCUCGUGAAUGCAACGGAUAUUGUGCCCGGAGAGCUGCAGAAAGAGGUGUUCUUCUUUGUCGAUGGAGACCCGUGUCCUCAGCCCUUCCAGCUCAACACUUCCCAGCUAGAGCCUUGCUCUUACCUCAAGGGAUAUGACUACUUCGAGGGCAGUGAACUGGCUUAUGUUUACGCUUGCGUGUUCCUGGGCUUCGUGCCGCUUGUCUGCGGAGGAGCUGGGUACGGAGUCAUCAAGCUGCAGAACCGCAGACGACGUCAGCUGCGCAUGCUGCAGGAGGAACAGAAGACUGGCAAUAAGGGCAACAACGCAGCAGCUUCUGUUGACAAAAUGGCCGUCAGAGAGUGGCUUCAUGCAAACCAUCGUCGAAUAGUAAAACUCCGCUUUGGUCCUGAAGCUGCGCUACACACAGUUGAUCGGAAGGGAGAGAAGCUGCGAACUGUCUCGUUCAAACAAGGAGAUUCCGUAACAGUAGAAGAGUCUCAGGUACCUGACAGAGGAAAGAAGAAGCGUCCCCUUGUCCUUAUACGAGUUCCUCGAGACCAUGAUUUGGUUUUGGAGUUUGACUCAGUGUCUUCAAGACGGAAGUUCAUGUCCAAAUUUGAAUCUUUCCUCAGUUCUCACAAAAAGCAUCUUAUAGCUCUUCAGGCUCCACGAGAUUUGAUGCUGGCCAAAGCAGAAACCAGGGAGAGGAGACAAAAGAAGUUGGAACACUUUUUCCGAGAGGCGUAUGCUCUGACUUUCGGUCUCAAACCUGGGGAGAAACGACGCAGGGAAGAAGAGAACGGAGAAGUUGUGAUGCGUACAUCUCUGUCCAGCUCGGAGUUUGCAAGUGCUCUUGGGAUGAAAGCAGACGCUGUGUUUGUCAGGAUGAUGUUCAACAUCGUGGACAAAGAUGGAGAUGGACGAAUUUCAUUCCAGGAAUUUUUGGAUACAGUCGUGCUGUUUUCAAGAGGAAAGACCGAGGACAAGUUGAGGAUCAUAUUUGACAUGUGUGACAAUGAUCGCAACGGUGUAAUAGACAAAGGGGAACUCUCGGAAAUGCUUAGGUCUCUGGUGGAGAUAGCGAGAACUACGAGUCUGUCUGACGCUCAUGUUACUGAGCUGAUUGACGGAAUGUUCCAGAAUGCCGGACUUGAAAGAAAAGAUUUCCUGACUUACGCUGACUUCAAGUUGAUGAUGAAAGAAUACAAGGGUGAUUUUGUCGCAAUCGGUUUAGACUGCAAAGGAGCGAAACAGAAUUUCCUUGACACAUCUACAAACGUAGCUAGGAUGACAAGUUUCCACAUCGACCCAGUAUCAGACAUGGACAAAGGUUGGUUCAGAAGACAUAUCGACUGUGUCACUACCUACCUCGAGGAAAACAGACAGAACAUUUUCUACCUGUUUGUGUUCUACGUUAUCACCAUCGCUCUCUUUGUUGAAAGAUUUAUUCACUACUCGUUCUUGGCUGAACACACGGACUUGCGUCACAUCAUGGGAGUUGGUAUUGCAAUCACCCGAGGCUCUGCAGCAUCUCUAUCCUUCUGCUACUGUCUACUGCUGAUCACCAUGUCUCGCAACUUGCUCACCAAGCUGAAGGAGUUUUCCGUCCAGCAGUAUAUUCCUCUUGAUGCUCACAUCCAGUUCCACAAGAUCGCAGCUUGCACUGCCUUCUUCUUCUCUCUACUGCAUACUGUCGGUCACAUUGUCAACUUCUACCAUGUGUCGAUGCAACCGUUGGAACAUAUCCAUUGUCUAACAAGUGAAGUUCACUUCCCAUCAGAUUACAAGCCGGGGAUCACGUUUUGGCUGUUUCAAACUAUAACAGGUAUCACAGGAGUGUUGUUGUUCUGCGUGAUCAUCAUCAUCUUUGUGUUUGCUCAUCCGUUGAUCCGUAAGAAAGCCUACAAGUUCUUCUGGUUGACCCACAGUCUCUAUGUAUUGCUGUAUUUGCUCUGUCUGAUCCAUGGAUUGGCUCGGAUCACAGGACCGCCCCGGUUCUGGAUGUUCUUCAUAAUUCCUGGGAUCAUCUUUACUCUGGAUAAGAUUGUCAGUCUGCGCACAAAGUACCUUGCGCUGGACGUACUCGAGACGGACCUACUGCCCUCGGACGUGAUCAAGAUCAAGUUCUACCGACCGCCAAACUUCAAGUACCUCUCGGGUCAGUGGGUGAGACUAGCCUGUACGGCCUUCCGCACAGACGAGUUCCACAGCUUCACACUCACAUCGGCUCCCCAUGAGAACUUCCUCUCUUGCCACAUCAAGGCGCAAGGUCCGUGGACGUGGAAGUUGCGCAACUACUUCGACCCUUGCAACUACAACCCAGACGAGGACCAGCCUAAGAUCCGGUUGGAAGGACCAUUUGGAGGUGGUAACCAAGACUGGUACAAGUUUGAAGUGGCUGUCAUGGUUGGAGGGGGUAUUGGAGUCACGCCGUAUGCUUCUAUACUCAAUGAUCUUGUGUUCGGGACGUCUACAAACCGAUACUCAGGAGUCGCUUGUAAGAAGGUCUACUUUUUGUGGAUCUGCCCCUCUCACAAGCACUUUGAGUGGUUCAUAGACGUCUUACGAGAUGUGGAGAAGAAAGAUGUUACCAAUGUAUUAGAAAUUCAUAUCUUCAUCACACAGUUUUUCCACAAGUUCGAUUUGAGGACCACAAUGCUGUAUAUUUGCGAGAACCACUUCCAGCGUCUCUCCAAAACCAGUAUGUUUACUGGCUUGAAGGCAAUCAACCACUUUGGUCGCCCAGACAUGUCUUCGUUUUUGAAAUUUGUACAGAAAAAACACAGUUAUGUCAGCAAGAUCGGAGUGUUUAGUUGUGGGCCAAGGCCGCUUACCAAAAGUAUCAUGUCUGCUUGCGAAGAAGUCAACAAAGGAAGAAAGCUGCCUUACUUCAUUCAUCACUUUGAGAACUUUGGAUAAUCAUCUUGUCAUUUCACUCUGCUUCUUUUAUCAAUAGUUCAUUAUGAUCAUUGUAAUUUAAGAUCAUAACAGUUUUAAGUUGUGCAUGAAAGCUAUGCCCAAAAAGUAUGUACCUAAGCUCUUUUAAGUGUGGAACUUGAUUCUAAAAUUUCAAAGUACAAACAGCAGAUCUUAUGUUGAAAAUACACCUAGCAUGAUACCGAUGAAUUUUAAUUAAAUAGAUAAUCUAGUUUCACAAUCAAUUAGGUCAGGAUAAGUUGUUUCAUUUAAUAUUUCUUGUUAAAUUAUUGUUGCUUAAGUUUCUUCAGUUACUACUAACCAUUUCAUUAAAAAUUUAAGUUAAGUAUAGUGACAUUAUGUUAUGAAUGACUAUUCAAUGACUAUUAUUCCGUACCAAAUAUUGUACAGCCUACCUCUUCUUUUACUUUGGUGCUUCAAGUUUGGAUUUUUAUCAAUACAAAAUCUAUUCCUUAUGUUUGAUAAGGUAAUUUCAAUUUGAAAUAUUUUAGCAGUGAAAUUGAUGCUCCCUAUAGGCCUACUGCUUUGAUGUGAAAUAAAAGUAUAAAAAAUGGGUAGAAAUUAAUAUUUUAAAAAAUUUGCAUUGCUAGUUCUUUCAUUGACAAAACAGUAUUCUUCUUAAUCCUGAAUCAAUUUUAAUUUGAUUAGUUAUUUUAAACAUUAUUAGAGCUAUUUGCAUAAAGACAUUUUAUGUGAUUUUUCUAUAAGUUUUCAGUAGCAUUAGAAUAAAAUAAAUUCACUAAAUUACAAGUCAGUCUCGUAUAGGUUACUAUCUUUUUUAGCUUUGUAACUAGAAUAUUUUCAUUUUACACAACAAUAUAGUUUCCCAUGUACUUCCUCUACAUUUUACAUUCUUUAAACAUUCCAUUACCAUAUCUACCAUGUAUUCUUUGUAAAUUAAGACGUUGUAAAUACGUUAGGGAUAUUUAUUUAUUACUAUAAAACCAAUAUAGACAGUGACGAGUCUAGGUUUUAAAAGUUAAUAUAGAUUUCCACCACCAAGAGAUAUGUGAUUUCAUUUAUAAUUGGGUAGCAAAUAUAGUUUGCCCAGUUUAAAUGGUUGUUUCAUUGAUAUCAUAUAUUUCAAGGAAACUUUGUAUAUUUUGUAUCAUAUUGGUAUAUUAAUAAAUUAAAGGUUCUGAUAUUUA